AUGAAUCUCAUCGCUUUUUACGAGGAGAAAGGAACAGACCUCCUAGGACGCUCAUUGUUGAGGAUUCUUCAAUGGAAUGAGGAGAGGCUGGAGAAAUGCCACAACUACAUUCAGUUCCUCUUCCCUCUGCCUGAGAUGUCUAACGUCAACGUUAAUGCGCCUAUCAUCGACCGCCGCGUCUUUGAUGAAUUUCGUUUGCGGCCUGACUUGAGACGAAAUUUGAAGAUGUCAUUUAAGAAGAUGCUGUGGUUCUACGGAUUUCGGCUCGAGACCGAGGGUGAACGUAUCAAGGUCUGCAGAGGUGAAAACUUCGACCAACAAAGCCGUAUUUGGGAUUGCAGAUUUGACCACAACCACCUACGGAUUACCAGAAUCAUUCGCUGCCUUCGAGUUCUCGGCUUAGAAGAAGAGGCCUUGGCAUUCCGGGCUACCCUAGAGAGCUCAACCAUCAAUGUCAGUGCAAGAUCGCGAGAAUUCUGGCGUCGUGCGGCCAAGCGAUCGUUGAACUUGCGUCCGGAUUUCGAGGAGGAUGACAUCGAUGGGGAGGAUGAUCUGACCGUCGGGCCCGCAUUUCUACGUGAAUUCGAGCAGAGGCGCAAGGAGCAGGCGCAAUCCGAUGCAAAUGCAGCACGAAUAAAGAAAGAGGUUGAGAACUCUGAGGCUCAAUCUAACGCAAAUUCAGUACGAAUCAAGGAGGAACCCGAGGACUUUUAG